GGCUAGUCAUCUGUGCCCGUCGGCCUCCUGUGGACAGAGUCUUGUCCAGGGCUUCCCUCAGUCUGACUGCUUUCAGGCUGUUUCCGGAGGAGCAGUCAGCGGUCUCAGUGUGUCGGCAGUGCAGUGUGAAGCCACUCACCAGGUGGCGGUCGCCAUGACGGGCCAUCCAGAGCAGUGGAGCGGCCAGCGACAGCGGGACGCGUCUGAGCUGCGAGAGCACCUGCUGAGCGCGCCCGGCGGCGACACUAUGGCCAACAGCACCACCACCAGCGGCAGCAGCGGCAGCGACAGCGGCAGCAGCGCGGCCCAGCAGCGGCUCGAGGAAAAGCGCCGCGAGGCGGAGGCUCAGGGCUCCGGCGCGGCGCCUGCCUCCGAGCGCUGGGCCAUCCAGGUGUACGCCGCGCUCAGCUCGUCGCUGCUGACCGGCCAGUCGGCGGCCGCUGCCAGCUUCGGCUCCAUCGCCGUCGACCACAUCGAGCGCGGUCUGGGCUCGGUGCCGGCCUCUGACGGCCAGCUGACGCUCUUCUUGACGGCGCACUUUGUGGGCACCACGCUGGGCUCGCUGGUGUGCGGCGCGCUCGGCCAGCGGUUCGGCUCGCGCACGCUCAUGCUGGCCGUCACGCCGUUCUCCCUGCUGGCCUGGCUGGCCGUCGCCCUGUCGCCCUCCGUCGCCACGAUGACCAUAGGUCGGCUGUCGCUCGGCUUCCUCACCAUGAUCCAGAUGUCGGCGAACGUGCUGUUCAUCUCGGCCACCUCCAGUCCCAAGUACCGCGGCCUGCUCUGCAACUUCAUGGAGAUGCUGGCGGCGCUGGCCGUGUCGGCCACCUUCCUGGUCGGCAAGUACCUGGUGUGGCGGCACGCGGCCGUGGCCCUCGGCGUCGGCUUCAACGUGCUGGCGGCCGGCCUGCUGGCGCCGCUGCCGGCCGACCCGCUGUUCCUGCUGACGCGCGGCCGGCUCGAGGAGGCGCGGCGCGCGCUGCUCUUCUACCGCGGCGCCGACGCCGACACGUCCGUGCUCAAGGAGCGGGCGGUGACGGCGGCGGCCGCCGAUGAGCGCGUCGAGGUGACCUCGCUGGGCGCGCGGCUGCGGCUGCUGCGCCGGCGCAGCCACUGCGUGCCGCUGCUGCUUCUGGUCGUCCAGUACGUCGUCUACUGCUGGUCGGGCGCCGGCGUGGUGCAAAACUACGCCGUCGUGCUGAUCCGGCGCGUGGGUAUCGCGCUCGACCCGUUCCUGAUGACCAUUGUGCUGAACCUGAGCCGCGUGCCGAUCACGUGCCUGAACAGCGUGCUGGUAGAUCGAUGGGGCCGGCGGCCGCUGCUCGCCCUCUCCGCGGCGGGCAUGGCCGCCUGCCACCUGGCCAUGGCCGCCUCGUUCGUGUGGCCGGCCGUGGCGGCGCACCGCUGGCUGCCCGUGGCCAGCCUCUUCAGCUGCAUGGUGUUCUUCGCGCUGGGCAUCGGUCCGGUGACGUGGCUGCUGCUGGGCGAGCUGCUGCCGCGCGCGCUGCGCGAGCUCUGCGGCGGCUGGAUCAUGGUGCUGUUCUCGCUGCUGACCGUCUCGCAGCUGCAGCUGUUCCCCGGCAUGCUGAGCACGCUCGGCGAGGCGGGCACGUUCGCGCUGUGGGCAGCCGUGAUGCUGGCCUACCUGGUCUUCAUGGCGGUGGCGCUGCCCGAGACGCGCGGUCUAAGUAUCGAGCAGAUCGAGCGGCUGUUCGAGUCGCCGCGGGACGGCGCGCAGCCGCCGCGCGUGACGUCGCCGCCGCCGCUCCAGGUGUGAGGCAGCACCACCGCGCCCGGCCGCCGGCCAUGGAUUACAGGUAAUCCAUGCGCCGGCCGCGUGAGGGGGAGAAAUGCGCACUACGCUUGACACACGCUUAGCGGGGUGGUUACGGACGCGCCGGGUGUCCCGAGCCGGGGCCGAGGCGCGAUGGACAGGGCUGUCCGGGGCUCCCCGGGUGGGGGAGCCGCAGCUACUUACCAGUGCCCUGUUCACAAAUCAAACGACCAUGUCCGCCAAUAAAGUUGCUGAUUGACUUGUCUCAUGCUGUAACGUGUGUUGAAACUUUAACGAAAUAAAGAUUUAUUAACUUUAAGAAA